AAAAGAUAACGACACAGUGGCAAUACUCGUUGACUUUUCAUCCUAAACGAGUGCGGUUUCAUGAUGAACCCUCCGUGUUUUUUUUAAAUCUUUUUUCCCCAGUGCGCAACGACUUAAUUUCUGCAGCGGAGAAUCUCUCUUGUAAUCGAACUGGUAAUCUGUCGCUCAGCACAGCUGCCAGCUCAGCCAGCAAGCGUUCAUCCUAUCGUUGGAUUAAUCAAAUCGACUUUGUGAUCGAGGACUUAUCAACUGCUUCUGAAUCAGGAAAAUGAGUGACAACCAGGACACAUUUGAGGCGGAGGAGGAAAACACCUCUCGGUUCGGGAGCGCGACCUUGCCGCUCCGGCCGCCGAGGGACCGCCUCCUCUGGAACAAGAGCAGCGUGUGCUCCCGCUCCUACUUUUUGGUGGUGAUGGUGUUUUUUCACGUAUACAUCAUUAAUGUUAUAGCACUGCUAUUUUACGUUCACUAUAACAGCGGACAGGAAGAUGCCAGCCCGAGUCGUGAUGCUCCGAGCAGUAACCACCAGCAGCUCCCCGAGUCGCGACGUCCGCCAUCAAAGCCGGAAUUCCUGCGUGAUGUUUCCCUCUCAAGAAUCGAGGGGAUAAGAGUGGGACAUGUCCAGAAGGUUUCACUGGUGCCGAGCAAAGUGCAUGAAAUGCGGACUCUGAGUCUGAAGCCACUGCUGUUCGAGAUCCCCGGGUUCUUGUCUGAGAAUGAGUGCCGUGUGGUGACGCAACUUGCACAGCUCAAGGGUCUAAUGGAGAGUCAGCUCAUGGUGCAGGACGGCCAGGAGGAGCUGGCCAAGGAGCUUAACCUCGGCCCAGAGGAGAUCUUCAACCUUCUUGAUAUUAACCAGGAUGGACAGUUGCAGCUCCAUGAGAUACUGACUCAUUAUCGAGUGAGGAACGGCAUCUGGUUCACGCCGGAGAAUCUGCGAGAAAUCUAUGCUGGGCUAAAAGCUGACGAGGACGGUGAUGGAUUGCUGAGUCUAGAAGAGUUCAAGCUUCUGAGCAAUGACGCCUUCCAGCGCUUCCUGCUGCAGCGAGGGGUGAAGAAGAGUCAGCUGCUGAGGAACAGCAGACACACCUGGCUGUAUCAGGGCAAAGGAGCACAUCAGGUCCUCCAAGACAUCAAGGCGAGGGUGACUCGUCUCACUCGGCUCCCACCCGCAUUAGUGGACCUCAGUGAGCCCCUCCAGGUGGUUCGCUAUGAGGAGGGAGGACACUACCACGCACACCACGACAGCGGCCCUGUGUAUCCUGAGACCGCAUGCACACACACACGCCUCGCGUCGAACACCUCAACUCCUUUUGAGACGUCUUGCAGGUACAUCACAGUUCUCUUCUACCUGAACUCUGUUGAGGGUGGUGGGGAGACCGCAUUCCCUGUGGCAGACAACAGGACCUACGAUGAAGUGUCUCUCAUACAGAAUGACGUUGAUCUUUUGGACACCAGAAGGAAUUGUGACAAGAGCAACCUCAAGGUGAAGCCUACAAAGGGGACAGCUGUUUUCUGGUACAACUACCUUUCUGAUGGAAAAGGUUGGGUGGGAGAGCAGGAUGAAUAUGCUCUGCAUGGAGGCUGUUUGGUCACCCAUGGCACUAAGUGGGUUGCAAAUAAAUGGAUAAACAUUGAUCCGGAUUACCAGCGGCAGGCUCGCUAUCAGAAGCUGGUUUCACAGCAGCCAGAGGAUGAAGAUGAUAAAGGUCUGACUCCGGACCUACAGAGUUCUGAUAACCAUCAAGAGUUGUAGCUCAUAAACCAAAUUUGUAAUAAAAAAAUUCUAUCUAGCCUUCCUUAGUCCUCUGCACAACUUCUUUGGCAAGAUCCCCUGUGUCCAGUUUGUAGAGACAAUAUUUAUUCAGGGAAUGAGGGCACAGUGGGUUUAUGCAACUGUAAAGAGAUCAUUUUGUUAAAUAUUGCUUGGAUAUUGUCUAGAGAUUCACCAAUACUGAUAUCUGUCUGACACUGACUCAAAUAGCUGGACUAGGUAUCGACAAUAGGCUGAUCGGAUACCGUUAUUUUAAUAAAUAACAAUUCAGUACAUUUAUAUCUAUGUAUUUAGUUGUUACAUUGUGUUUAACAAAGUUAGUAAGCAAUGAUUAAGUCAGGUCGGAUGUUGCCUUACACAUAAAAGACUGAUCCCAGUCUCUUCCACACAGUGAGGCAUACAGUUGAUUUACUCAAAUCUGUAUUGGGACUGACAUUUUUUUAUCGUUGCAUCCCUAUUGUUUACUGUUAUUUUGUAAUCUAUACUUUCACAUUUUAGGAAUGUUGCACUAGAAACUCAUGAAAACAGUUAAGACAAAAAAUCCCUUUGCAUGUAUUAGCUUCACAGAUUGUCUGUUUGCGGUUGCGAUGAGCAGAAAUUGCACUUAAAUAUUGAAAUAGCUCCUGUAAACAUUUCAAUGUCCUACCUUGUUAAUGCUGCCAUUACCAAAAAAGGCUCACACUAUUUUUAUUGUAUUGUAUUUGCUCCGUGAAUUGUUUUCUAAGAGAUUCUUCUUGAAAGGUAUUGUUGAGGUUUCAUUUUAUUACUUGCAUUUCUCUCUAAAAAUGCACUCUAUUGUCCUCCCACUUUGAAUAAAGUUAAAUUAAACACAUGUGUCUUCUUACUUUAAGAAUAAGAUUUAUAAAUAUAUGUCAUCAAUCAUCUUUUAGAGUUGUUCCGAUAUCUA